AUGUUAGGUGCCAAUCAAACUGUCACAAAUGCGAGCCACUGGUCACAAACUUGCGUGGUAAUCGGUUGUAACAGAAGACGAAUGACAAUACUCGUUGAAGUUCCUAACAUGAUCACAUGCAAUCGCUACGAAAAGCCUGAAGUUUUAGAAAGAUGCUUAAAGUCGAGCAUAAAUUCAAUAAAACCAUAUUUGGCGACAGGCGUUGAAGCCCUACAAAUACCAAGUUUCGAACCGUAUUUCAAGGAAAAUUAUGAGUUUAUCUCGGGAAAAGAAUUUAACGGAUUUGCGAAAUUGACAGACCCAACGACAUACGGCCUAACAAAGUUCAAGUUAAAUAAAGUCAGGGUUAACGCCGAUUUGACUCGGAUUGAAUUAGAAGCGUACAUUCCAUACAUUGAAUUUUUCGCCAUAUAUUGCAUAGAUGCUGUGAUAUUUGGUAAAUAUCUACAGAAAGGAGAUCGCACAGUUAGAAUGGAAAUAUCAGGCAUAGCAAUCAACGCCACAAUAGAUGGUGAAUAUUACGUGGAUUCUAACAACAAAGAAGAAUAUUUCAGAGUCAUAAACGUCCCCGUUGAAUUGCGUAUGGGUGAAGUCAUUGUUUACUUGAACAAUAAUAAACGACCUCACCGUUUAUUAGGAGAAAUAAAUGAACUUCUACAGAACAAUAACAAACAAGUAGCGCGUGAAAUAAUGCCUAAAGUUAAGAAAUUCGCUUCUAACGCUAUCCGUUUGAUUACUGAUAGGAUAUUCUCGAAUAUCCCGAUGAGUUUAAUAAUGCCAAUCAAUUAUGGAGUUUCUCGUAACCGAGACAAAACAAGAAACUGA